GUGAGGGUAAUUUAAAACUUCAUAAUGAAUGUGGCGUAACACAACCCAUUAGCAUGACAAAAUAUGGGCCAAACAUGUUCUUUUCUUCAAUCUAGCCCAAUAAUAAACCACAAUAGCAAAAGAAAAAAAAUUUAAAAUAAAAAUAAAAAUUAAAAAAUAAAGUGGUCUUCUUCUUUGUUUUCACCUAAGCUCUGUUCUACAGAGAGAUCUGCACCAACUCCAUUUCUCUCUCUCUCACACACAUCACUGCACAUCUCUCUUCAAACUCCCAGCACUCCACAUCCAUCUCUCCACCUCAGAUCUCAUCUUCCCCCCACCAACAACAACUCCAAUUCCUUUCCCUUCACUCCUCACCUCUAAAUCUCACUGAAACCAAUCCACCUUCUCACUCUCCACAUUCACAACCCUAAAUGCCACAAACAACCACCGCAAUCACAAUCUCUCUCUUCACAACAAACACAAAUGGUCUUCGGCAAAACCUCCGGCGGCAAAGGCAACCUCCGUGUCUCAUCUUCUCUCCAAGAUCUCACCUCCUACCGCCACCUAGAUCCCAAAUAUUCAAUCCCAACCAUCAAUUCAAUCCAUCAACAACAACAGCAACAGCUUCCGAAUUUAUCUUUCUCAAAAACCAAACCAACUCAAACACUAAGCCCGGCCCGUAAAAAAUGGGCCAGGCCCAUUACACUCACCUUAUGCUUCUUCAUCUUCCUCAUUCUCAUCAUCUACGCAAUUUCAUCACUUUACUCUCACUACCACGCUUCAGGUAAAUACUACGUCGUUUUGGAUUGUGGUAGCACCGGAACUCGUGUUUACGUUUACAAAGCUGAAGCUCAAAUUCAACAAACUAAACAAGAUACUUCUUUUCCGAUUUCUGUAACUUCGUUAAGAAACGGUUUGCAGAAAAAACGCGGUUCGCAGAGUGGUCGUGCUUAUGACCGAAUGGAAACUGAACCGGGUCUUGAUAAACUGGUUCAUAAUGUAACUGGUUUGAAAACUGCUUUGAAACCGCUUCUUAAAUGGGCUAUGAAACAGAUUCCGGAAGGUUCUCAUAAAAGCACUUCGCUUUUUCUUUAUGCUACUGCUGGUGUUAGGAGACUUCCAUUUGAGGAUUCCAAAUGGUUGCUUGAGAAUGCUUGGAAUGUUCUUAAAGCUUCUUCUUUUGUUUGUAGGAAAGAGUGGGUUAAGAUUAUUACUGGGACUGAAGAAGCUUAUUUUGGGUGGAUUGCUUUGAAUUAUGAUAAUGGCGUUUUGGGUGUUAAACCUAGGAAACCUACUUUUGGUGCACUUGAUUUAGGUGGUUCUUCUUUGCAGGUUACUUUUGAAAGUGAUAAAAGUUUGAAUAGUGAAACUAGUUUGUAUGUUAAGAUUGGUUCGGUUAAUCAUCAUUUAACGGCUUAUUCUUUGGCGGGGUAUGGGCUUAAUGAAGCUUUUGAUAAAUCGGUUGCUUAUGUUUUUAAGAAAGAGAAAGUCGGUUUAGGUGGAACGGUGAAACAUCCGUGUUUGCAAACUGGGUAUAAGAAUCAAUAUACGUGUUCUCGUUGUUCGUCUGGUGAGAGAGAAAGGGAAGGGGAGAGUCCUAAAGUUAAUGGGAGUGAGAGUGUUGUUGGUGGUGGAAAAGGUGAGUUCAAAACUUCGGUGACACUUGUUGGUGCGCCAAAUUGGCAAGAAUGUAGUGCGAUUGGUAAGGUUGCUGUUAAUUUCUCUGAAUGGUCUGAUGUUGGUCAGGGUCUUGAUUGCGAAGUCAGUCCGUGUGCUUUGCGUGAGAAUCUCCCUCGCCCGUUAGGUCAUUUUUACGUGAUUUCUGGAUUUUUCGUGGUGUAUAGGUUUUUUAAUUUGACUUCUGAGGCUACUAUUGAUGAUGUGUUGGAAAAGGGUAGGGAGUUUUGUGGUAAAAAAUGGGAUGUUGCAAAGAAAAGUGUUGCUCCACAGCCGUUUAUUGAACAAUAUUGUUUCAGGGCCCCUUAUGUUGCUUCUUUGCUGAGAGAGGGCUUGCAUAUUACUGAUAGACAUAUAACUGUUGGUUCUGGAGGUAUCACUUGGACACUUGGGGUGGCUUUGUUGGCAGCUGGGAAAUCUUAUUCGACCAGAUUCGGGCUUCGUGGAUUUGACUUGGUUAAGAUGAAGACGAAUCCUCUGAUUCUGAUUCCUAUUUUGUUACUUUCUCUCAUUCUUUUAUGUUGCGCUUUAUCAUGUGUCCUCAAAUGGGUUCCGAGAUUUUUCCGGAGGCAAUAUCUUCCCCUUUUCAGGCAUAACAAUGGGUCCAGUGCAUCUGUUCUUAAUAUCCCGUCUCCUUUAUGGUUCAAGAGCUGGAGUCCAAUUAUUUCUGGAGAGUCAAGAAUAAAGACACCACUCAGCCCAACAAUUGCAGGUUCACAAGAUAGACCAUUUGGCCUGGGACACGGUCCUGGUGAUAACAGUGGAGGCAUCCAGAUGAUAGAAUCUUCCUUUUACCCAGCAGCUAGUAGUGUCUCACACAGUUAUUCCUCUUCCAAUUUAGGGCAGAUGCCAUUUGAUAGUAGUAAUAUAGGGACAUUCUGGUCGCCCCACAGAAGUCAGAUGCGACUGCAGAGCAGAAGAUCACAAUCUCGAGAAGACUUGAAUUCGUCAGUGGCUGAUCCGCACAUGGUGAAGGUUUAGGGCAUCAUCAUCUGGACUUCGGCCAAUCAAUUGAGACUGCCGAAGAUGAAAAUUUUCUGGGCAUUGCCUGAACAUCUUGUCAUUGUAAUGUCAUCAAUAAUGAUUCUUUUUCAUCGAAGAAUAUUUUGGGGUCCAUACUAUGUGUUAUUUUUUCUCUGAAGAUUCACUGCAAAUUGUAAAGGAUUUCUACAUGUCCAGCAUUUCGGUUAAUGUCAUGGAGAUGACCGCGGAGGCUAAAGAAGAGCCAGCAAAAAUGUUUAAUAACAAACUAAUUUGCUUCUCUGGAUCUCGCUUCCUUGCACGAACGUGCGAGCACUCUUGGCCCAUCGUUCAUUACCACACUCCUGUAGUGGCUAGCUACUGAUGUCUCCAUGUUCUGCCUCGACUGUACAGUUUUCUGCUGGUGACGACUGUAAGCCUUCACAGCAUCCAAGAUCAUCGAGCAUGAGAAGCUCAUCAAACUGCAAUGAAAAGAUCAAUUAAUCUGUGACUUUGUUUCUAUACUAUUUUUUUGACUAAUUAAACCACCAUUACUUACUAUAUAGAAUAUCCCAUUGUUUCAAAAGUGAAUGAUGACUGGGAAAAAUACUUGGAAAACAUAAACAACUUGGGAGAAUUUGUAAUUGUUACAUAGUAUAAUACUACAAUGCUCGCAUCUUAUACAUCAAA